AUUUACUAUGCCACGUGAAAUCAUCACCUUACAAGCAGGACAAUGUGGAAAUCAAAUUGGAAGUGAGUUUUGGAGACAAAUCUGUGCGGAACAUGGUAUCAGUAGUGAUGGUACUUUGGAAGAUUUUGCAACUGAAGGUGGUGAUAGGAAAGAUGUCUUUUUUUAUCAGGCAGAUGAUGAACAUUACAUUCCCCGUGCUUUACUACUGGAUCUUGAACCACGGGUAAUCAAUACCAUACGUGAAUCGCCUUUUGCCAAUCUUUAUAAUCCAGAAAAUAUGUUUGUAGCUGACGAAGGUGGUGGUGCUGGAAAUAUUUGGUCUUAUGGUUAUUCUCAAGGGGAAAGGGUAUAUGAAGAUAUUAUUGAUAUGGUGGAUAGGGAAGCUGAUGGUAGCGAUUCUUUAGAAGGAUUCAUGUUACUUCAUUCUAUUGCUGGUGGAACUGGAUCUGGUCUAGGUUCUUUUCUAUUGGAACGUUUGAAUGAUCGAUAUCCCAAGAAAUUGAUUCAAACUUAUUCGGUAUUUCCUAAUUCUGAAGAGGUGUCUGAUAUUGUUGUUCAACCUUAUAACAGUAUGCUUACUUUGAAACGAUUAACUUGUAAUGCUGAUAGUGUGGUUGUCUUGGAUAAUGCUGCCCUUGCUCGAAUUGCUACAGAUCGUUUACAUAUACAAACUCCUACUUUUGAACAAACCAAUCAACUUGUUUCUACCGUCAUGUCUGCCAGUACAACGACUUUAAGAUAUCCUGGUUAUAUGAACAAUGAUCUUGUCGGUAUUGUAUCCUCUUUGAUUCCAACUCCACGAUGUCACUUUUUGACAACAGCUUAUACACCUUUCUCAAGUGAACAAGUAGAUAAAGCCAAAUCAGUACGAAAAACAACCGUGUUAGACGUUAUGCGUCGUUUAUUGCAACCAAAGAAUAGAAUGGUAUCUACAGUACCUUCCAAACGAAGUUGUUAUAUCUCUGUAUUAGAUAUCAUUCAAGGAGAAGCUGAUCCAACGGAUGUUCACAAAUCAUUGUUACGUAUACGGGAACGUCGCCUUGCACAAUUCAUCCCUUGGGGUCCUGCAAGCAUUCAAGUCGCAUUAUCUAAGAAAUCACCCUAUGUACAAACACCACAUCGUGUCAGUGGUUUGAUGUUGGCAAAUCAUACCAGUAUUGCAUCACUCUUCAAACGGACAUGCGACCAAUAUGAUCGACUACGAAAACGAAAUGCGUUCUUGGAACAAUAUCGAAAACAUCCCAUGUUUUCAGAUAAUUUGGAUGAAUUUGAUGAUUCUCGGAAUGUGGUGCAAGAUUUGAUAGAAGAAUAUGAAGCAUGUGAAACACCUGAUUAUGUCAACUAUGGUAUGAAGGACAAGAUGGAAUCAUAAGACAUUGGAAUAUACUUUUAUCUAUUAGCUUUGUUUUUACAAGAAAAAAAAAUAUCGUUUUAUUUUAUUUUAUUUUACAUAAUAAAAAAUGAUUGUACA